AAUUGUCGCACAACAACCAUACGCGCAGUCGCUUAUUUCGAAUGUAAAAGGACGGUUUCUAGCGAUACCGCUGAGAAUCUCGCGUACAAACGUACAUACAUACAUAUGUACAUUAUCAUGAAGUUGCAAAAAAUAUAUAAAAAAUUGCCAAAAAUGCAAAAGCAGCAAAAAUAAAUGAUUCGGUACUCACAUUAAGUUUUACGAAAAUCUCGAAAAUGUUCGAUGUGCGCUCGUUUAUGCCGAAUUUUGUAAAUUUUGGUAUUUGUUUGAAGUUGUGGGCGCUCAUUCUAUAGUGCUGUAUGUGCACGCCGCCCAUUGGCAUGGCUAGUGCGAUUUCUUUAGAGCUAUCGUGCUGCCUAGAGUUAUUUCCUGCAGUUCGCUGACACAAAACACAAAAAAACGCAAUAAAAAAUUGGCCGCAUAUUUCUGUACAGCGGCUACAUGCAACACGAUACGGCUAAUAGCCAACGGACGCGAACUGAAACGUAUUCGCGCACGCACACAUUCGCGCCUAUUCUGCAUUUGAACACGCGCACGCGAUUUAAAAUAACUUUAUGUAAAUAAGUUAAUUUUCGCAAAUAACGUAUUUUGGGCAAACGAAAACACACUUCCAUAUGCACCCGAAGGAUGGCAGUGCAGUUUCACAAAAACUGAGAUGUGCAGUGAUUGAAUGUUAUCGAUAUAUGUAUGUACAUACAAGUAUGGUCAUUGCAUUUUCUAUUCAAUUUGAAAUUGAAUUUAAACGGAAAAUGCACCAAAUUAUUUGAAAGCAAAACUUGCAUAAAAUAAUUGAAAAAAAUAUACUCACCAAUAUUGAAUUUUCAAAUGUGAAAAUAAGAAAUAAGCAGCAAUCAACACACUGACAGCAACUACCUGUCGUUAGAAGGCACGAACUCGCACUUCGACAGACUCCAAACAGAAUGUGAUUGGAAACGCCGAAACGUUGCGGAACUAAUCUUCUGUCCACUGAAAUAAAUCUCGAAGUCCGCAGAAUGUUAAAACACACCUCAAAUGCCGGCGGAGUGGGCGGCGGACCAGCGAAUGGUCAGUUGCGUAAUAAUCCCAAUAAUAGCAACUCUGCAACGGCCUCUAACCGCAAUAUACACCUGCGACCGCAACAACCGCUCAAUAUCUCCACUUUAAGUGCCACACAGAACGCCCUACAAACAUCGUCCAACACUCCGGCGACGGCGAACGGAGGUCAACGCGUACCCACAUUAUUAAAUAUCGCUUCAACACCAAUAUCGGCGGGCACAACAAAUACAUUAACGCCAUUAACACCAAGCGCUGGCAAUACGACGACGGCAACAACAACGACGCCAGUUACUCCGCUGACACCGAAUGGAAUUGGCAAUAAUUUGCACACAUAUACAAAUCAGCAUAUUCUAGCUUCCAACAACAAUAACAAUACACACAACACAACUGCUGGCACAAUAAAUAGCAAUACAAAUCAUAAUAAUAACAACAACAAUAGUAACGCACAUUAUAAUCAUCAUAAUUAUAGUAAUUGCCACAAUCUGACAACGGGUGUGUUAAUAAAUCAAUCGAAACAUGGACCUGGACCGAGAGAAGCGCUAACGAGUCUAGGACUAUUAUGUUUAGUUUCCCUGCUAUUAGCGCUAUUGUCGUUAAUUUUUCUGCUGAAAAUUUCACCGAAUGCCCGCGAAGAUGCUUUGACGCGCAGCUCUGCUGAGGAUUUUGUAAUUGUCUACGAUGUUACAUUAGCGCUCUGUGCACUUUCGCUGUCACUAAAUCUGUGUUGUUUGCUGGUGUGUGCAAUACAAUUUCUAUUCGCUGUGAAAUUGGUGCGAUCACCAAUGUUUGAUGGCAGAGAUAACAAAUAUUUGGAAAAAUCAAGUGCGAGUCGUACCUGUGCUGUCGGUGGCUUCUUUAUAUCCAUACCAAUUUUCCUCACAGGCAUUAUCCUGUACACAUUCAACCAUUUCCACUCAACUCCUGCCAUUAUCACAAGCGUGCUUAUCGGCAUUGGCAUCGUAUUUUGCGGUGGCGCAAUGGUCCAUAAUGUUUUUAUUUGGCAGAAAGAAAAAACCAUUAGCUAUCGGAGUCCACCAUUGAAUAUGUCUAUGGUAUCACACAUUGGGCCCAUAACACCGCCUGCGCAAUUUUUAAGUCCGCAUCAAACGCACCACUUUAUGAGUUAUGCGCCGCACAUGCAUGCUACACACCCACACACGCAUGCACAGCCACAAUCGCAAACACAAACACAAUUAGGCGUGCAACUACAUCCGACUUCCGUGACACCGGUCUCACCAAAUCAUUCACACGGUAGCUUCAACGCGUUACUCUCAGCGGGUGCACUAAAUUCGUCAUUCCUAAUACGCCCAUCAACAGCAACACCGCCCACACCCAAGCCGUUGCCACCACAAUUAUCAAACGGUGGCGGUUGUUUGACGUUAAGCGCGCGUGAGGCUAGCGGCUCAGUUAGCCCCGGCAUACCCGGCACGCUAGAUAUGAGCAAUAUAACCAGUCCUUCGCUGCAUGAACUAUCAACGUUAGUGUAGUCUUCAACAUUGUUAUUAAAUAACUACGUUUAUGUAUAAAUGAUGUUUACAAGCACUAUUCAUAUUUCAAUCACACCGAAGCUUAUUUGUUAUUUUUAAAUGGUUAGUGACAGCCGGAAGUGAAAGUUGAGCAAAAUAUAUCGAUAAUUCGAACAGUUCGAUAUAAAUAUAAAACGUAACAAAAAACACAAUCAAAAAUAUAUUUGUGCGUGCAUAUAUAUGUA